CCGUUUUACACAAGGAACAGGAAGUGACGCCAUUUUAUAAGGACGUGCGGUCCACACGUGUAAGAAGUUGUAGCUGUAGUUGUAGUUAUCUCUGGGAAAACUUCAAUUUUGCCGAUAAAAUAACGAGGAACGGAAAAAUAAAACGAUGACAAAGAUUAAAAAAGAGAAAGGCGCGACAGAGGAGGAGGCAACCGGGACAACGGAGAAGUCUUACCAGGAGCUGAUCGCCAAUAUUAACCCCAUCGCCCAGCCUCUCGCCUCGAGAAAACUCAGCAAGAAACUCUACAAAUGCGUGAAAAAAGCCUCCAAGGUAAAACAGAUCCGGCGUGGUGUGAAGGAAGUUCAGAAGUUUAUAAACAAAGGAGAGACCGGGAUCGUGGUGCUGGCCGGAGACACGCUACCCAUUGAUGUGUACUGUCACCUGCCGGUCAUGUGUGAAGACCGGAGUCUCCCCUAUGCCUACAUCCCCUCCAAAGUGGUGAGUCUGCCCUCUGCCCCGGCCUCCAAGCGGCCCACCUGCGUCAUCAUGAUCAAGCCGCACGAGGAGUACCAGUCCGCCUAUGACGAGUGCCUGGAGGAGGUGUCGGCCCUGCCCAAACCGGUCUGAGCACGCUCACACCGAGGCACGGGCGGACCCCUGUCCACCGGGCGUGGACGUUCUCACGCGCGUGCACAGAGACACACACACACACACACACACACACACACACAGACUGUAAGGGUCCUCUCUUCCUUGUUUUUCCUGCAUCACAACAGAAGUGAUGCCACCUCACAGAGAGCCAGUGCUGAUAAUCUGUUAUAAUGCCCAUACUUAAGAGAACGGGUGUGUGUGGGCGCAUGUCCUCGUGCGUGUGUGUGCGCGUGUGUUCGUGUGUGCGUGCGUGCGUGUGUGCGUGUACAACUGUGUGUUUUUAUGAAUUAGGUGUGACUUCUACGGUUUGAUAUCUCCAUGUUUGUUGAAAUAACCCCAAGAAACUGGAGGGGUUUUUAGUGCUUUUCUGGAAAUGACAGAUGUAAGCAAGCUCCACUCUUAGUUACACAAAACAAACUUUCCUGUUUCAGCAACUGCAGGAAUCAUGAACUUCUAAGGGAGUCAGCAGGCAUACUUUGCCUGAAUCGCAGUCUGAUGUAGAUUUAUGAUUAGAUUGAAUUGCUCUGUGAGGUGGAAUGUCAUAGUAUGAUUUUUCUUUUUUCAUAAUUUUCAGUGGCUUAUAAUGCUUAUCUUCAGAAUGUGUUUCUGUUCCACCGUCUUCUGGUUUUAUGUACAAGUGAACAUGGGAAUGGCUCAUGCCACAGCUGCAGUGUUGCCUUGGAAACUACUGUGUGUGGCUGAGGAACUGUGUGUCACUCGUACAUGUUUAUUAAAAAUGUUUUGACUUUGAACUUAUGAUUUUUAAUAAAGUAAACAUUUACGUGCGAGUCACAACUUUGAUUUUAAAAUGUGUAAAUUGAAAACUUGGGAGUUGCUUUUUCUGUUUCUGUUCUGCUGUGAAUGUUAAAAAACAAAAGAAA